GUGGUUGUUUCCCCCUGAGACAGACAGACGCUGGUCUCCAGACUCUACAGAACACAGUUGUCUUCCCUCCACGGAUCAAGCCCUAUCUGACUGAGAGACAUGUCCUCCUCCUCUCUCCUGUGGUGCCUGCUGGUGGUGUGUGUUCUGACUGUGGUCCAGAUCUAUGCAGCAGAGGAACCUAAAGUCCUCAAGGUGUUCAACCUCCAUGCCACUGACCUGCACAGCAGCCUGCUAGGGACCCCUGAUGCCUACGUCGAGGUGUUCAGAGCUUACGGCUUUCUCGGGAGGACAGAGGUGAAGAACAACAACCGUAACCCCAGCUGGGAGGAGGAGUUCAGCUUCCUCAACGCCCGUGAGAACAACAUCUUGAGGUUGGAGGUGUACGACAGCGACAUCAACUCCGACGACCUGCUGGGGACCUGCGAGCGCUCCAUCAAGAUCGGAACUUGGCAACAUCAAUGUUUCCUAAAGACAGGCGGGAUCCUGAACUACUCCUACACCCUAGAGCCUCUACAGUAGACCCUGUACUACUCCUACACCCUAGAGCCUCUACAGUAGACCCUGUACUACUCCUACACCCUAGAGCCUCUACAGUAGACCCUGUACUACUCCUACACCCUGGAACUUCUACAGUAGACCCUGUACUACUCCUACACCCUAGAUCCCCUACAGUAGACCCUGUACUACUCCUACACCCUAGAUCCUCUACAGUAGACCCUGUACUACUCCUACACCCUGGAGCCCCUAGCCUAGAGUAGAGCCCCUCCAUCAACUACUGUAAGCCAACAAUACUCAGCUAGAGUAGCUAGACCUCCUCCUCCAUUGUCUGACCCCUCAUCUGUUAC